CCCUCGGCUUCGGCGCGGGAGGCGCGCCAGGCAGUCUCUCAACAGCUACGGCCGAAUAGUGUUGAAUCUGUACAUUGUACUGUGCAUGGCGAACGAGCACGCCGCCAACUAUUUACCUACUACGACCACCGCUCCUACAUCUACUACAUAUAUCCUUUGUAUCCAACCUCAUUCUCCCCUUUCUUCCCUUCACUUACUAUCAUCACCUUGCUGCGCUUUCAGAUUGCAGUUCUGUGUUUCAGCAGACCGUUUGUCCUUACCAGAAAGUGGAAGAGUCGGAUCAUUGGCAAGUUACUUGACAAGCUACACACUCAUACCGCCACCGCGAUGCCUUCGCAUCAGCCAACUGCAGGCAUGAUGGCCGUCGACCCGGCAUACCUCUCCGAACAACCCUCAUCUCUCUCAAAGCCGGCACCGGAAGAGCCGGUCCGCAACCCCAAGUAUGACCCGAAGAAGCCUCACAUCACCGAGACCCCCAUGACGAGGAAGAACUGGUACAAGCAUGUCAACUGGCUCAACGUCGUGCUCAUCAUCGGUGUUCCAAUCAGCGGCUGUGUCGCAGCUUUCUGGACACCUUUGACCAUCAAGACCCUCAUCUUCUCCAUUGCAUAUUACUACGCUACCGGUCUCGGUAUCACCGCCGGAUACCACCGACUGUGGGCUCACACUUCAUACCAAGCUACUACCCCGCUCAAGAUCUUCCUCGCUGCUGUUGGUGGUGGUGCCGUUGAGGGCUCUAUCCGAUGGUGGGCUCGGGACCACCGCGCUCACCACCGUUACACCGACACCGACAAGGACCCCUACAGUGUGCGCAAGGGUCUCCUCUACUCCCACUUGGGAUGGAUGAUCAUGAAGCAAAACCCCAAGCGCAUCGGACGUACUGACAUCUCCGAUCUGAACGACGACUGGGUUGUCCAGUGGCAACACAAGAACUACUUGAAGACUGUCAUCUUCAUGGGUCUGAUCUUCCCCAUGCUCGUCGCUGGUCUCGGCUGGGGUGACUGGAUGGGAGGUCUCAUCUACGGUGGCAUUCUCCGCAUCUUCUUCGUUCAGCAGGCUACCUUCUGUGUCAACUCUCUCGCUCACUGGCUCGGCGACCAGCCCUUCGACGACCGCAACUCUCCUCGUGACCACAUCAUCACUGCUCUCGUCACUCUUGGUGAGGGAUACCACAACUUCCACCACGAGUUCCCUUCGGACUACCGUAACGCGAUUGAGUGGCACCAGUACGACCCCACGAAGUGGUCCAUCUGGCUCUGGAAGCAGCUCGGCCUCGCCUACGACUUGAAGCAGUUCCGCUCCAACGAGAUCGAGAAGGGUCGUGUUCAGCAGCUCCAGAAGAAGCUUGACCAGAAGCGUGCCAAGCUGGACUGGGGUGUCCCGCUUGAGCAGCUUCCCGUCAUGGAGUGGGAUGACUACGUUGACCAGUCCAAGAACGGUCGCGCUCUCAUUGCUGUCGCUGGUGUCGUCCACGAUGUUUCCGACUUCAUCAACGACCACCCUGGUGGCAAGGCCAUGAUCCGUUCCGGUCUCGGCAAGGACGCCACCGCUAUGUUCAACGGAGGUGUCUACUUCCACAGCAACGCCGCCCACAACCUGCUCUCCACCAUGCGCGUCGGUGUCAUCCGUGGCGGCAUGGAGGUCGAGAUUUGGAAGCGUGGCGGCGCUGGCGAGGAAGGCGCUCAACUCUACAAGGACGCCAACGGCAACCGUUUGGUUCGUGCCGGCGCGCAGGUCACGAAGGUUAUCCAACCUCCGGCCAGCGCUGGCGCGGCUUAAAGAUGUUAGCCAAAGUCUCGAUUUGAGGUUUGCCUUGGCCAUUAAUAUCAUGCCCCACUUCCUAUUGCGUGUCUGUGAUGAUGGAACGAAAACGACGGCGGUGGCCCCCGAAGAGGGUGACACACCACGCGAACGGAAUUCUCUAUAUACCUUUUAGCCAUUUCCUUCUUCUUUGUUCGCCAUUCGAUACCUGAGUUUGUCUGCAUCGUCAGCAUGAGCGACAAUUUUCUAUUUCUCCUCAGGUUUCAUAGAUAGAUAUCUUGAAUUACAAAAAAACUUCAUAUCAUCAUG